AUGGAGACAAGUGGUGGAAAGCUACUCUCUUGCUUUAAUGACACCGCGCGAGAUGUUUACGUUCAUGUGCGCUACCUACAGACCGGGCAGAUAGAGCGAAAAAGCCUAUUGCGGCACGUCCGACCCAUUGGGGGCAUUUCUGUCGGUGCUUCGAUAUCUAUUCGGUACGAUUUGGACGCAGGAAAGCAUGCCUGGGGCUCUGAUAGUACCAUCACAGAGUUUCAUGCCCGUUACGGUGGAGAAUAUAACAUUACGGCAGGCAGUGGCAGAAAUGCCAGCCUUUUUUCGACACAUCCUAUCGCAGGCUCUUUCGACGAUGUACUACGCGAUCAAGUACACGCCAAAGAUUCGACACUACCACGCCAUGGAUAUGCAAUUCUAGGACCUUCAAAGACGUUCUCUGUAGCGCCGAACGUUGGUGAGCGAAUUCAGAUCGAGCAUGAAGGCCUUUGGUAUGACUCGAGGGUUACAGACGUUGACGGUGACGAGAUCGAGUUUGUCGAUUGGGACAAGACAUCCUCACACACCACAUCGCCUGCCACGAGCGACGAGCGGAAUGCUGGAAGCGACAGCAGCGAUUUCGUUGCACUCUUUUCCGACGCGCAGCUUGAGCGACUCGGAAGAGGCACGCGACGUCAUUGGUGCCCUUGGAAGCGCGGCAUCACCAGAUACGACGUCCGCCCAUACCGCUGCCUGCACGCCGGCGACUCCGUCGAAGCGCCCGUCAUGUACCCCGACUUUCGGCUGCACCACCACAAGAUGGAGGAGUCGCAGCUGUGCCUCCCGGCGCGCAUCGCCGAGGUUCACGGCGAUAAGUACGUCGUCGAGUUCAGCCCCGCGCUGUCGGCGCACGCGUGGUGGCCGGGACGGCUGGCCAAGGGCACGCCCGUGGAGCUGGUGCCCGCGUCGGGUGUCACGGUGGAGAACCCGUACGAUGCGAACCGCGUGGCGCUUCACAUGGACCUGGUGCGCCCACUGUCGUCGUCGGGCCCGCGGCCGGUGCUGGGCGUCCAGUCGACGCAGCCGGCGGGAUGGGGCGCGUUCCAGGGCGUGCAGCUGCGGAACCUGGAGGACCUGCUGGAGCAGAGCCUCUGGAGUGAUGACAAGGGCAGGACGUCCGAGGCUUCUCAGCCGUAG